CGUAGGUGCACCGAUCGGAUCCAUUCGUCGACCAUUGACGUCAGGGAGCUAGCUAUACAGAGCGCGACAGACACGCACAGACAGAUCCAUGCAGCUGCUGCAGCCAUCAAGGCACAACACACACAUUCAAAAGACAGCGUGCCACGCACUACCUCUGGACACCGCCACACCACUUAGACUUAUCAUCGCAGGCACCAAAAUCGAUAUGACAACCAACACAUGUAUUCGACCCCCCACACGCCGUCCGACCCGCACGCAGCGCGUCCUACGCCCCUGCCAGCGUACGCCCGGUAUGCAGACACCCACCACCACCACCACCACCCCCCCACCACCACACACAUAACUGUUUGGCUGAUACAGCACGCAAGGCGCGGCAGAAAAAAAGGUGCGUCCACACUCUGUGCAGGAAAAACGAAAGGAGUCCUCCAACAGACAGCACGGCCCGGCGUGGGCCGCCCGCCCACGAUAGAAUGCGUGUUUACAAUACACCCACAGACGUGUGAGUACACAGGGGAGAGAGAGAGGGGGAGAGAGAGACUCCGACCGAGGGAUAUAACGCAGAGCGAAACACACACACACAUACACACACAUACACACAGAGACACACACAGACACACACAGAUACACACAGACACACACACACAUCGACGCGGACGGGUGGGUGACACGAAUGACUUCCAUGUGUGGUGCUCGGCUCGACCACAUAGACAGACACGGACCACUCCCCUACGUGUCGCAUCAUUACAAUACACGUGGGGCUCGUAGAGGGAAGGCGAGAGUCCUGAUACGCCACAAAACGCGACGGGGAGGAGAAACACAUCCCCCCACGCCCCAGGGGGAAAGAGGGAUUGAGAGAGAGAGAGACAGAGAGAGAGAGAGAGAGAGAGGCAUAGACGUCGACCGAGAGAUAUCAUGCAGAGCCACACACCCACUCACAGACAGACAGGCGGCACGGACCAGCGUGGACAGAAUGAGUGAGUGAAUUACAAUACACCAACCACCAAAGACAGGCAAAAGUGUGGAGAACGAGACUGAGUAGAUAGUGGACAAAUAGAUCGACGAUGCUCAUGGAAUGGAUGGAUGGAUGGAUGGGCGGCCCCUGCCGGGCCCCUUUGCCCAAUCAACAUUUCGCACAGACCGCCAGCCGACGAGGGAAAAACCGUCAGGCGGCGAACAUCCAUGUGCGAAACACGUACCUCCCCCCCUCCCACCAGCCAUCAAAAACGAUCGGACACACACACACACACACACACACACGAACCAUCUAGUACUAAGUGGGUCACAUGAGCACCACCCACGGCAUGUCCCGCCCCACAUCAAACGAGACGCCGCGCCUCAGGAGCGCCUGAGUGUCCGACCUGCAGCUGCUGCACAUCCAGUGGUGCACCGCCACACUCCGAUUGCUCACAUAAGUCUCCUCGUCAUACUGCGCCGGGGCGAGCAUCGCGCACCCCUGCCAAGCCCACGUCUGGUUGGCAAACGACCUCCUCGGCCUCGGCAGAAUGUCGUCGAAGGUCCUGACGUCGUCCACGCAGUAGCCGGCCAUGAAUCCGUUGUAGGCGGCAUAUUCGCCGUACAACACAUCGAAGUCAGUCACCAUGACGGAGCUCAGCGGAGGCCGUUUGUCGCAUGACGACUCGCGGCCCUCUGCUGCCCGAAAGCUGUCCUCCGUGUCGAGGGCUUUGUGGACGAGAGCGGUCAGCGGUCGGGGGCCGGUGCAGGCCACGGGGUCCUUUUGACAGGUCUUGGCGGCUGUCGCAUUCCCGAGAGCCUGGAGUGUCUGGUUGAGGAACUCGCCGAUGAGCGGAUGCCGGGGGGUCGCGGCGAUCCAUGCGUUGGAGACAAAAGGCCUCGCCUCGUCGUUGAGGUGCUCCAAGAGAUAGACCUACGAGACAAGCACACACACAUCACAGCCAACCGGGCGGCCUGGCUGCUUGUGCAUGUGACUUACGUGUAGCAGGUGCUCUUCGCCGACGAUAAAGUCCUUCCCCUGAGCCUCGGCUUCCUGCAGCAGACCCUCGUAUGGCCUCAGACACUCGUAGUCCAUGUCUUGAUAGACGCCGCCAUAAAUCCACAACACCAGCAAGCGGCCGACGUCCCCGCGAGUGAUGCCCCGCAGCCGACGCCACCUGGCCGAGAAGCCGGGGAAAUGCUCAUCCACCAACAGCCGCAGCGACGAGUCUGUGUAGAAGUAGUGCUCCAUUGUGGGAUUGCGAUAAUGGCACGACCGCAUCCAGCCCUUGAACAUGGUUGGCAGCUCCCGCCUCUUCCACGUCUGGUGGAUGAUACGAGGGAAGGCUGUCGUGCCGCCACAUGCAGCUGCCGCGCUGGAGUGAGGAUCUUCCUCUCUUCGGGUCAGCCUUUCGGCUCGCCAAGCGACAGUAGUCACGCCGUCAGCGCCAACAAAGCCGAUGGGUGGCGCCGCCUCAGGCUGGCGUGCAGGCGGGGCAGAUCUGGCGGAAGAGUAGAAGAAGGCGAUGAGGGUCAGCGAGAUGGCUGAUGUGAUGACGCAGCCCAGCAGGAAGCGGAGGAGAUUGGGCGGGAUCAUGCCCAUCUCGCAUUGGCUUCUUCGGGAUGCUGGGUCGAUG